AUGUCUUGCCUCCCCUCUUCAACCGACAUCCUCAUCAUAGGCAGCGGCAAUGCCGGCCUCAGCGCCGCCCUCUCAGCAGCCCAAACCAACCCAACCCUCAAAAUCACAGUCAUCGACAAAAGCCCCGAAACCUGGGCCGGAGGCAAUACCUACUUCACAGCCGGCGCAUUUCGCACAACACACAAUGGUCUCCCAGACCUCCUCCCCCUAGUCAACAACAUCACCCCAGAACAGGCCUCCCGCAUCGACAUACCACCCUAUACAGCCCAAGACUUCCAAUCCGACCUCAACCGCAUGACAAACAACCGCACCGACCCCGCCCUCUCAGCAGCCCUAGUCCAAGACUCCCACUCAGCCAUAAGCUGGCUAUCUGCCCACGGAAUCCGCUUCCAACUCUCCUUCAACCGCCAAGCCUACGAACACAACAACCGAAUCAAAUUCUGGGGUGGCCUAGCCCUCAAAACCCAAAACGGCGGCAAAGGCCUCAUCGAGGACGAACUCCACGCAGUCCGCAACGCAGGCGUCAACAUCUUCUUCUCAACACCAGCUACCGCCCUCCUCACAAACCCCGAAGGCGCCAUAACCGGCGUCCAAGUCCUCACGGGCACCCCACCCCGCAAAGCCACCAUUCACGCUGGCGCGGUCAUUCUCGCAGCAGGUGGCUUCGAAGCCAAUCCCCGGCUCCGGGCUCAAUACCUAGGGCCAGGGUGGGAUUGUGCCCGGGUGCGAGGCACGCCAUAUAACACGGGUGAAAUGCUGGGUAUUGCGGAGCGUGAUGUCCAUGCGCGCAGCGCGGGCAAUUGGAGUGGAUGUCAUUGUGUUGCGUGGGAUGCGGAUGCGCCUACAGGGUCAGGGGACCGGGUGGUUUCGAACGAGUAUACGAAGAGCGGGUAUCCGUUGGGGAUUAUGGUGAAUGGGGACGGGGAGCGAUUUGUGGACGAGGGGUUUGAUAUGCGGAAUUAUACGUAUGCGAUGGUUGGGCGGCGGGUGUUGGCGCAGCCUGGGCAGGUUGCGUUUCAGGUUUGGGAUGCUAGGACUUUGGGGUGGCUACGGGACGAGGAGUAUCGGGGGGAGGUUGUUAGGAGGAUUGAGGCGGAUUCGAUCCAGGAGCUUGCGGAGAAGUGUGCGCUGGUUGGGCUUGAUUCGGGGAGGUUUUUGAAGACGGUUCAGGAGUAUAAUGCUUCGGUUGAAGGGAAUGAGGUUGAGAGUUGGGAUCCUGCUGUGAAGGAUGGGCUUGGGACGAAGAAUUUGGCUAUUCCCAAGUCGAAUUGGGCGUUGCCAAUUGACAAGCCGCCUUUUCUGGCUGUUAAGGUCACAGCAGGGAUCACUUUCACUUUUGGCGGGUUGGCUGUCAGUCCUGAGACUGCGGCGGUCAUCUCGGAGGCAACUGAUGAGGAGGUUCCGGGGUUGUAUUGUGUGGGCGAGAUGCUUGGAGGCAUCUUUUAUGAUAAUUACCCUGGUGGGAGUGGAUUAACUGCUGGAACGGUGUUUGGACGUCGAGCAGGCCGUGCAGCCGCCGAGCGAGUCGGGCAGAUGAAAUAG